AUGGACAGUCUUAACCUCUGGGGCGCUUCAAGCAACUUCUUUAUGCAAGUUUUAAAUUCUCCGUCGAGAGAGGAAGUGAAUGUAGCGCACUUCCAAGGUUCCUGGUUGGGAAUCGGCAUACCGUCAGUCCGCAAUGCCUUCAGAGUCUCCAAGUUUAAGACCGCGUGUUGGAUUUGCCUGUUUCUCAGCUCGAUUCCUAUUCAUCUUCUAUUUAACUCGACGAUAUUUGAGACGGACUAUAGAGGAUCUGACUUCCACCUAACGAUUGCUACCGAGGAGUUUCUAAACGGCGGGAGCUUCUACCCCCCUGGAGGAAGUUUAGUCCAAGCCGGCUUCUCAUCUUGGUACAACGAGACCAGUCCAUAUCCAAGCAUCAUUGCGGAAUCCACUAGCCUUGACUUGUGGCAACUUGGCGGUGCAUAUGGCGCACCAGUCAACCUGACCGAAUACGCUAAUAAGGAUGCUAAUGUCAUGAAAAACAUAUCGACUACAGCGACGAGUGCUGGAAACUGGAAGAGACUUGAAAUAAGCGACUGCAAGCAAGAGUAUAUUAACUGCAGUGGACUUAAACGUCAUCGUAACCUGGUCCUCGUCAUCGACAGGCCAGGUGGCUGGGUAAGAGACGAGAUGUGGCAUCUAAUGGACAAUCAAACUGAACUAUGGGAUCGUUAUGUCCCUGCAGACCAGCCCAAUCACUUAUUCUACGAUGCACAAUGUCAUAUGCUCGCGUCACACAACGGACUAAAAGAAACAGAAUGCGUGAAUAACUGCAUCGAAGCCUUUGGCGUAGACGGGGAUAAUACAGUGAGAGCUACAUAUGCUGGUAUCCCGGAUUGGCAAUACUCUUUCUUCGAUGUAUGCGACAAUGACUCGGUCAACGGAACAACUAUUCUAGAGCCCACGAGAGGCCCCUUGAAUUGGUCUGAUGGCUUUGAAAAGGGCAGUACACUAACAUCCGGUCUACAGCCGGGAGCGACCAAUCUAUCUGUACAAUACUGUCUUGCGGACGACCUCGACGGAAUCUGUCAUAUUGGCUUGUCACCAACUCUACUACUAACAGUCACAUUAUGCGUUAUAUUCAAAACUUUCACGGCUGUCGUUGUCACGGUAGUUCUAAGCCGCCAGAACCAGGCACCGUUAGUGACCCUGGGAGAUGUCAUGGAGUCUUUCAUCGAAAAGCCGGACCCUGUUACCGCCGGUAUGUGCACUAUCGGACAGACGGAAAUCCGAAGGUCGAUGAGAUUCGAUAGAUGCUUCUUAUUGCCAGGGCCAAGGCAAUGGAAAACGUUGCAGAGACGUCGAUGGGCAGUUGUUCCUCUGUUAGUAUGGAUAUCAAGCUACCUACUAUUUGGCGUAGGCAUUACUAUUUGUGCUUACUUCUUCGCGGAUAUAAGAAGCAAUGGCAACCUUGUCGGCUCAUUCUACGAGAGCGAAAUGAAUUCAUUCAUCGACUCCCCUUUCACCUUCACGCAAGGUGUCCUAAUCGCUAAUAGCCCGCAACUCCUCCUUUCAUUCUGCUAUCUUGCUUACAAUAAUUUAUUUACUCGGCUUCAGAUGGCUAGAGAAUGGUCAUUGUUUAGUGAAGGUUACCAACCACUUCGAGUUACUGACCCUAAGGGCGGCCAAUACUCUACGUAUCGACUCCAACUACCUUAUAAAUACAGCAUCCCUCUUAUAGCUACUAGUAUAUUCCUUCAUUGGCUGCUCUCGAAUAAAUACUAUUUAUCUUUUCAUAUCAGUCGGAGUACCGGUUUGUUCCUUAGCGGAAUCAAAGCCGACCCAAGCCUGCCACCCAACACUGCUAUCGCCUUGGGGUAUUCGGGCUAUUCCCUUCUGGUUAUGCUUGUGGUCUCAUGCUUCUUGAUCUUGCUGCCAGCGAUUCUGAGCAUCAAAAAGCUCCCGUCGAAUAUGGUAAUAAUUGGAAGCAACUCACUCGCGCUAUCUGCUGCAUGCCACGUCUCGAGCUUGUCACAUGCGGUUGCUUCCCGCGCAACACCAUUAUUUGCCGAUUAUUCAACACCGUCACUAGUUGAUUUUCCGCCAACUUUAAAGUCGUCGAAGCGAUCGUACACUCCUCCCGCAGACGACAUCUAUACCGAGGAGGGUAACAGGAGCGGCAGCAUUGAGAUGCAGAAUCUCACGCCGAUGCUAACUACCACAAGCCGCUACUCAUCACGUAAAUCAAUGUCAAAGAAGUCGCUGCUUGAGCGUACCGAAGAGGAUUUCUCUGACGCGGGAGAUGAACAGCAGAACAGCCAGUUCACGAAACUUGCCAGGAGCAAGAUCCGUUGGGGUGUCGUGGAGAUGCCGCCUGAAUGGCACGCUGAGUAUGAUAAUGACGACGGUACCGUUGGACACCUCAGCUUCGGCGUUGAGGAAGACGACGUUACGGCCCCGGAGCCGGGACGUUUAUAUGCGUAA